AAAUUGUCGCUUGCCGGUAGUGUUAACACUCACUGCGCCGUGAACUAGUUAGGGGUCGCUCUGUUACUCAUUAGCCCUGGCUAUAGGUAAGGGGGCGUGAAGUAUUUGAACUCAACGUCAAACGCUAAAUGAACUCAGACAGUCAGUGGCAAGUGGGAGCAGUGACAGUCAAGAAUUUCGACCUUUGGCUAGCUACAGAUACUAUUAUAAUUAGGCGCCGUCUGUCUGGCUAGCGACCGACAGAGUUACCAAGUUACUUUAGCAUAAUGUCGUUCAUUAUGAUGAAGAAAAAGAAAUUCAAAUUUAAGGUAGAUUUCGAGUUGGACGAACUAUCUUCUGUUCCAGUUGUUAACGGGGUCUUGUUCUGCAAAGUACGACUGCUAGACCGUGGCUUUACAGAAGAGUCCUCUCGGGAGCAGGUCCAGGCUAACUGUGUGCGCUGGAGGAAGAGGUUCUCCUUCCUGUGUAAGAUGAGUGCCAACGCCGGGACAGGAGUACUGGACCCCUGUGUGUGCCGGGUGUCUGUGCGCAAGGAAAUGAAGGGUGGAAAGACCUUUGCCAAGCUGGGUUUUGCUGACCUGAACCUGUCAGAGUUUGCUGGCUCUGGCAGAACAACGCGCCGAUGCUUACUAGAGGGUUACGACACCAAGAACUCCAGACAGGACAACUCUAUACUCAAGGUUGUCAUUAGUACACAGCUCAUGUCUGGGGACCCCUGCUUUAAAACGCCACCGUCCACGGCCAUGAAACUGGGCCUUCAGCAGGCUGAGGCAGAGUGUCUCCACGAAGACAGGAAGGGAGGACACACACACACACCAACACCCUGCCUCCCCGUCCCAGAGCCCCCAGGGAAGUGUGCAUCUGUUCCUGAUGAACUGGGAGCAUGUGGCCAUUCUAGAACAUCCAGCUACGCCAGCCAACAGUCCAAAGUCUCAGGCUACAGCACAGGUCACUCGCGCUCUUCCAGCCUAUCAGAGCUCACGCACAAGAGGAACCCCUCAGCAGGCUCCGCCUCGACGGGCAUUGCAAGCAUUCCUGAACCCAGCGAGGACCGGGGGACUGAGAAGGGGGAGAAGGAGGCCCGCUCUACACCCCCGGUCUCUGUCACCUGUGCCUACUCCCCCAUGCGUGAACAUCCCCCCACCCCCGCAAAGAGCUCUGCCUCAGAGAGACUGAGCAGGCAUCUGAUGAAGCAGAACUCAGUGGAGUCUCAGCUGAAGAGAGUGGAUGCUACCCGGGUGGAUGCGGACGACAUCGUGGAUAAGAUCCUCCAGAGCCAGGACUUCAGCCACGGCCUACUGGACUCCAGCACUGAGGAGGAGGGGCUCAAGCUGUUUGUUGGUCCUGGUGGAAGCACGGCGCUGGGCAGCCAGCACACCAGGGUUGGGGCUGGGCCCUACGAGCAGGUGGUGAUCAAACGCUAGCCUCCAGGGGGAGCGGACAUGUGAGACUGCUCCCCCUAGUGUUAAAGGAAGGAGGUGACCUGAGGCUCAUGUCAACAUGUUUUUGAGAAGAGGAGGAUAUACAGUGCAUUUGGAAAGUGUUCAGACCCCUUCCUUUUCCCACAUGUUACAGCCUUAUUAUAACAUGUAUUCAAUUACAGUUUUUCCUCAUCAAUCUACAAACAAUACCCCAUAAUGACAAAGUGAAAACAGGUUUUAAAAAAACAGAAAUACCUUAUUACAUAAGUAUUCAUACCCUGGCCUCCCGAGUGGUCCAGUGGUCUAAGGCACUGCAUCGCAGUGCUAGCUGUGCCACUAGAGAUUCUGGGUUCGAGUCCAGGCUCUGUCUCAGCCGACUGCGACCGGGAGACCCAUGGGGCGGCGCACACUUGGCCCAGCGUCGUCCGCGUUAGGGGAGAGUUGGCCGGCAGGGAUGUCUUUGUCCCAUCGCGCACUCUGACACAUUGGUGCGGCUGGCUUCCGGUUUAAGUGGGCAUUGUGCCAAGAAGCAGUGCGGCUUGGUUGGGUUGUGUUUCAGAGAGCGCACGGUUCUCGAACUUCGCCUCUCCCGAGUCCUUACGGGAGUUGCAGCGACUACCAAUUGACUACCAAUUGGAUACCAAGAAAUUGGGGAGAAAAAAGUCAUGCCCUUUGCUAUGAGACCCGAACUUAAGCUCAGGUGCAUCCUGUUUCCAUUGAUCAUCCUUGAGAUAUUUCUAGAACUUGGUUGGUCCACCUGUGGUAAAUUCAAUUGGACAUGAUUUGGAAAGGCACACACCUGUUUAUAUAAGGUCCCACAGUUGACAGUGCAUGUCAGAGCAAAAACAAAGCCAUGAGUUCCGGAAUUGUCCGUAGAGCUCCGAGACAGGAUUGUGUCAAGGCACAGAUCUGGGGAAGGGAACCAGAAAAUGUCUGCAGCAUUGAAGGUCCCCAAGAACACAGUGGCCUCCAUCAUUCUUCAAUGGAAGAAGUUUGGAACCGCCAAGACUCUUCCUAGAGCUGUCCGCCCGGCCAAACUGAGCAAUCGGGGGAGAAGGGCCAGACUCCGCCUUUGUGGUGGAGUGGCCAGACGGAAGCCACUUCUCAGUAAAAGGCACGUGACAGCCCGCUUGGAGUUUGCCAAAAUGCACCUAAAGGACUCUCAGACAAUGAGAAACAAGAUUCUCUGGUCUGAUUGAACUCUUUGGCCUUAAUGCCAAGCAUCCCAUCUCGAGGAAACCUGGCACCAUCCCUACGGUGAAGCAUGGUGGUGGCAACAUCAUGCUGUGGGGAUGUUUUUUAGUGGCAGGGACUGGAAGUCUAGUCAGGAUUGAGGGAAAGAUGAACGGAUCAAAGUACAGAGAGAUCAUUGAUGAAAACGUGCUCCAAAGCACUCAGGACCUCAGACUGGUGCGAUGGUUCACCUUCUAACAGCACAACAACCCUAAGCACACAACCAAGACAACACAGGAGUGGCUUCGGGACAAGUCUCUGAAUGUCCUUGAGUGGCCCAGCCAGAGCCUGGACUUGAACCCAAUCGAACAUCUCUGGAGAGUCCUGAAAAUAGCUGUGCAGCGACUCUCCCCAUCCAACCUGACAGAGCCUGAGAGGAUCUGCUGAGAAGAAUAGGAGAAACUCCACAAAUACGUGUGUGCCAAGUUUGUAGUGUCAUACCCAAGAAGACGCGAGGCUGUAAUUGCUGCGAAAGGUACUUCAACAAAGGGUCUGAAUACCGAUGUAAAUAUGAUAUUUGUCAUUAUGGGAUAUUGUGUGUAGGUUGAUGAGGGGGAAAAAGGAUGUAAUCAAUUUUAGAAUAAGGCUGUAAUGUAACAAAAUGUGGAAAAAGUCAAGGGGUCUGAAUCAUUUCCGAAUGCACUGUAUGGACCUGAGUGGAGCAGUAUAAUGUUCUCUCUACCCAGAGGGGGUAGUGUUUCAAUUCUGCAGGCCUUAUGUAACCUUUUUAGAUAAGUAGGAGAAUACUGUGCUCUUACAACAAAAUUGGCUUAUGAAAUUUUUUAAUGGAAGUCAAAUGGUUCUAGGUUAUUACUCUGGGAGGUAUGUUGUAAUUUACAGUUGUAUAUUGCUGCUUGACAUGUUCACUGUGUAAAGUGUGUAGUAGAGGACAAAUGCAAGGUAACAAAGUUGACUCAGCUAUUUUUUUGGUGCAACAGUUUACCUACCUUUUGUGAAAAAAAUGCAUUGAAAGUAUAGGGAGUGAUCAGUUUAUCUACGAAUUAAAAAAAAAUGUAAAACCUGCACACACAGGUGUUUUAACUGACAAAAUAUGGCCAUGAGCUCAUUUUAAUUUCCCACAAUGACCUUAAAACGGACUAAAGAACUACACACACACAGGUUGUGUGAUGUCAUCGACCUACAGGUGCCUGGUUCUGUCGUAUGAACAAAGAGGAACUGACUGUUUAGCUAUACAUGAACGCUCAAGCCGGGAUUCUAUAAGCAGCGGAAUUAUAUAUGGUACCAGAUGGCGUUGCUGCUUGGCUCCUUUAUGAUGGAGUGAUGAGAGAGCGAGGGAGGAGGAGGAGUGUUCACAUCAGAUGGAGUUGACGAUGUCCUUGUAACUGGAUUAGUUACUAGAAAGACCUGUGGGUUGGUGUUGAAUCCUCAGCAAAACGGUUAUAUAGUAGCUUCACUAUGGUCUAUGAUCCCAAUAUUGACAACAGUUCAGUUCACACUUGCUUUGAUUUACAAAAUUGUAUUUGUAAGUAUUUGGAGAGGCCUCCUUGUGCAGACAUCAAACCAAAUGUUUAUUCUUUUCAGAAAGCUUAUUUUGAUACUGUAGUAGUAAGUAGGAGGGAAAACUGAUUUAGGGACAGUGAACAUUUUGUUGACAUUUUGCGAGUGGAAAGUGGGUCAAGGGCAGAUUCAUUCAAGGAAAGGUGGAGUCAGUCAAGUACAGUGAUCAAACCAGGACCAGUUCUGACAAGCAUCUGCAAGGCCAAAUGUGACCGUUUUGUUUAGUGCCUUGUUGAAAUAUUGUUUGUGGAGAUUAUGUCCAUGAUGCAGUAUGAUAAGUGUUGCCUCAUUCAACCUCACAUUCAAUUAGCAGACCAGUUCUUGUAUUUGUGUAUGUUGAUACUGUCUGCAUUUAUCGGUAUGAAUACAGAUUAGAGAAGAGAAAUGUUACAUUUUUAAUGACUUUCUUAUUUGUCCACUUUACCACAAUGAUACCUUUUUAUAGCAUGUCUUUAUGAUGUUGGUCUACCUCUUUGUUAGUUGCUUUUCUGGUUAUUUCUGUAGGUUGAUGUUGCAAGUACUGGUGCCACAUUGUUUAAUUUUCUAAAUGUUGGAAGAAUGUUAUUUCAAUACUGUAUCCCAAUUCACAAACACAUGCUGUGUUGUACUGUAAAGUACCCUGUAAAAAAAAAUGUAUUCCUUGCAAGUAUCCGGUGUAUGUGGCAAUAAAACAAUUCAAUUUAUUUUAGUAAA